GUGUCAGACAGACACUCCAUCACACUACGCUGCCUUCUUUAAUAUAUUUUCAGAUCAAUCCAUCAAAACCCUCUCACCCACACACACAGAGAGUUCUGCAGCCAUUCUUCAAUGGCGAAUUCUCAGAGAAGGCCGGCGGCCGUAUUGGAUCCCGUCUACUAUCCAGUAGUCGCAUUGGUGUUAGUCCUCGUUGCGUGCGUCGACCUGUGCGAUGCCAUCACAGUCGUCGACGUUUACCGGCUCGUUCAGUACGAUCUAUCUGGCGUCCCGUUCGGAUCUCGCCUCGCUACUCUCAAUCACCACGCCGGUUCUUCGCUCUUCGCUUCUGUCGAUCUCUCUCGCACUGUACUCAUGCUUCCCGUUCGUGAGUUGAACCUCGAUCUCAUUAAAGGAUAUAUUGGACAAGGGAAGCUUUUAGGGGGCUUACUGCUUUUACUGCCUCCUAAAUUUAGUCUAGAAAAAGUAGACGCUGCAGCUGGCGAUGAUGGUGAUUUUGACCUUCUGAGGAAUAAAGUGUCUGAGCUGGAGCGGUUGCUUAUACAUGCUAACAUCCCUUACCCUGUAUAUUUUGCUUUUGAGGAUGAUAAUAUCAAUGCUGUACUAGCUGAAGUCAAGAGAAAUGAUGCUAGUGGUCAACCUGCAACUGCUACUACAGGCGGAUACAAGCUUGUUGUUGCUGCCUCAGAUCCUAAGAGAAUUGCAUCUCCCACCAUUGCAAAUAUUCAGGGAUGGUUACCUGGACUGAAACUUGACGGGGACUCGAGCCAACUCCCUACUAUUGCCAUAGUUGCUUCAUACGACACCUUUGGGGCUGCACCGGCAUUGUCAGUUGGAAGUGAUAGCAAUGGAAGUGGUGUCGUGGCUCUUCUUGAGAUAGCUAGGCUGUUCUCGGUUCUGUAUUCAAAUCCUAAAACAAGAGGUAGAUAUAAUUUACUUUUCGGAUUGACAUCUGGUGGGCCUUAUAACUACAACGGAACUCAGAAGUGGCUUCGAAGUUUUGACCAACGUCUACGUGAGAGUAUAGACUAUGCCAUUUGCUUGAAUAGUCUUGGGUCCUUGGGCAAUGAGUUACAUCUUCAUGUUUCAAAACCUCCCGAAAACGCGUACAUUCAACAAAUAUUUCAGGGUUUCUCUAGUGUAGCAGAAGAAUCGGGGCUUCAAGUUGGUCUUAAGCACAAGAAAAUAAACAUCUCCAGUCCUCGAGUAGCCUGGGAGCAUGAACAGUUUUCAAGGCUGAGAGUUACUGCAGCAACAAUUUCUGAGCUUUCAACUGCACCUGAAUUGCUAGAAAGCACUGGCGGUCUGUCUGAUAACAGACAUUCUGUGAGUGAAGCCUCAAUUAUUCGAAGUGUCAAGCUUGUUGCUGAAAGUCUAGCAAGACAUAUAUACGGCCAGGAAGGGAAAAACACAAAUAUAUUUUCCGACAAUAGUAGUUUGGCUGUUAAUCCUUCCUAUGUACGGUCUUGGCUGGACCUUUUGUCCAGGACUGCUCGAGUGGCACCUUUUCUUCCUAAGAAUGACCCACUCAUCAUGGCACUGCACAAGGAAUUAGCUGAUCAUACUGCUGAGGUGAAUAUACAGCAUGAGACAUUAGAUGGAGUGUUUACUUUUUACGAUUCAAUUAGUGGCAGGUUACAUAUAUAUCAGGUUGCCAGUGUGACAUUCGACUUGCUUUUGCUGUUAGUUCUCGGAUCAUACUUGAUUACACUUUUCAGUUUUCUUGUCAUCACCACCAGGGGUCUUGACGAUCUUAUCAGUCUGUUCCGCCGUCCUCCAUCUCGGAAAGUGAAAACUGCUUGAUUCUCGAUGCCAGACAACUUCAGCUUCAGGCUCCAGCAAAUUCUGAAGCUUGCUUUACGUUUUGUAGGCUCAAGGAAAAUCGUCCUUGGAUGAGUUGCUCCCUACUGAUCUGUAGUUUGUCGUGGUUAGAAAGUUUUCAACGUUCCAUGGGAGAAAUUACACAUUUUUUGCUCCGAUAGUGAAAUACGUAUUUAUAAAUUUUUGCUGAGUUACGAAUGCACUUCUCAUAGCCGGCUACCUAGAGGCACAGUUUCGAGCUUCCUUGUAUAGACUAUUAAUUUGUAGACAGUAAACCAAAUGAAGCUAUGUUCUUGAAAAAUAAGAUGCUUCAAAAUGGCAUAUCACUGGAUGUUAUUAUUAUUUUUUUCACAGGCAAUUCGUUUGUGGAGAUGGUAUUAGGUUUUUA